AUGGUCAAGAAGCAAAUCAGCAAUGCCUACGUCCUGGGCGUGGGCAUGACCAAGUUUAUCAAGCCUCGCGGCAAGGUAGACUACAAUGAGCUCGGCUACGAGGCCGGUGUUAAGGCUAUGCUCGAUGCGAAGAUCAAUUACGACGAUGUCGACCAGGGCGUCGCUUGCUACGUUUACGGUGACAGCACUUGCGGCCAGCGCGUCUUCUACCAGUUCGGUCUCACCAACAUCCCUAUUUACAAUGUCAACAACAACUGUUCGACUGGCUCGACCGGUCUGGCCAUGGGUCGCACCAUGGUCUCCCACGGUGCCGCCGACUGUGUCCUCGUCGUUGGAUUCGAGAAGAUGAACCCCGGUAGCUUGCAGUCGAUGUACAACGAUCGCACCAACCCUACCGGUCUCUUUGGAAUGAUGAUGGCCGAGACGCGCGGAAUCACAAACGCCCCCGGUGCUGCUCAGAUGUUCGGAAACGCUGGUCGUGAAUAUAUGGAAAAGUAUGGUGCUAAGAGCGAGGACUUCGCUGAGAUCGCCCGCAUCAACCACGAACACUCCAAGCGCAACCCCUACUCGCAGUUCCAGCAGGAAUACACCCUCGAGCAGGUGAUGAAGGCACCCAUGAUUCACGAGCCUCUCACCAAGCUCCAGUGCUGCCCGACCUCCGACGGCGGUGCCGCGGCCGUCAUCGUCUCCCAGGAGUUCCUCGACGCCCGUCCCCACCUGAAGGACCAGGCCAUCCUGAUCGCCGGUCAGACCCUCGCCACCGACUCCGAGGCGGUAUUCAACAAGAGCUCGAUUGACUUGAUGGGCUUCGCCAUGUCACGCCACGCCGCCCGCACCGCCAUCGCCGAGGCUGGCGUCAAGGUCGGUGAUAUCAAGGUCUGCGAGUUGCACGAUUGUUUCUCGGCCAACGAGAUGAUCACUAUCGAUGCUCUCGAGCUCUCUGAGCCCGGCAAGGCCCACGAGAUGGUUCGUCGCGGCGAUAUCACUUACGGUGGUAAGAUGGUCAUCAACCCCUCAGGUGGUCUCAUCUCCAAGGGUCACCCGCUCGGCGCAACCGGUCUGGCCCAGUGUGCCGAGCUCGUCUGGCACCUGCGUGGCUGGGCGAACAACCGCCUGAUUGACGGCACCUCCGCUGCCCUGCAGCACAACCUCGGUCUGGGUGGUGCCGUCGUCGUCACAGUGUACAAGCGUGCCGAUGGCAAGGUUGCUGCCGCCGUACCUUCCGAUCAGGUUGCUAAGAUCACCGGUCUCGGUUAUAACCCGGCCGUUGAGGCUCGUGGUUUCACUGCGGAGCAGGCUAAGUUGGUGACGAGCAAGAAGCACAGCAGUGAAUAUGCCCUUGCUGAUACCCAGGAGCGUGUUCUGGCCCGCUUCUAG